AAGUUGUCAGAAUUGCGGUGAAGACUGAAGAAGAAAAGCUUCGAGAAAAGAAAUGGCAGCAGCCUUUGCCUCUUCCUCAGCAAAAUCCACCCUUUUGCAAAAUCCAACCUUCCAGAGAGACACUAGUGCUAAUUUUUUUGGUGGGUCAUUGAAGAGUUUGUGUUUACAACAGAGACCAAGAAACAAAAGUAGAGAUUCCUUCGGUUUGGUUGUUGCUUCGGCAAAUCCCACCAGCAGUAACAGUAGUAAUGGGGGCAGGUUCUACUUCAACUUUACAGGCUUCCCAUUUCCUCUUGGUCCUUUUCUCAACAGGAGCUCUACCAGGACUGAGGCUGUGAAAGGCAGUAUAUGGCUAUUUGAACAAGAGCAAGCAUUGGGUUUCAGCAGUGUCUCAACAAACAUUAGAAUGACAGUUAUCAAACUCAAAUCUGGUGGAUUGUGGAUUCAUGCUCCCAUUGCUCCGACCGAUGAAUGCAUUCAGCUUGUAAAAGAACUAGGGGCUCCAGUCGAGUACAUUGUUCUUCCUACAUUUGCUUAUGAGCACAAAAUUUUUGUUGGUCCAUUCUCUAGAAAGUUUCCUCGGGCUCAGGUUUGGGUGGCACCAAGACAGUGGAGUUGGCCAUUAAAUUUGCCGCUUGAGUUUUUUGGAAUCUUUCGCUCUAAAACCUUGAAAGAUGAGGACAUGUCUACUCCAUGGGCUGAUGAGAUUGAGCAGAAAGUUUUAAGCUCACCAGAAGUUGGUAUUGGGCCAUAUGUUGAGGUAGCUUUCUAUCAUAAGCGUUCAAGAACACUACUGGUAACAGAUGCAGUCAUUUUUGUUCCAAAGCAGCCACCCGGUUGUAUUAGCAAAGAAUCCUUGUUGGCAUCUGCAAAGAAUGGUUUGGCUGUAAAAAUUCUUAGUAAAGGAAAACAAGUCCCUAAUGAACCAGUAGUUGACAACAACGUGAACCGUCAAAAAGGGUGGGAAAGGAUGGUUCUUCAAAUCUUAUUUCUUGGUCCUUCAAACUUGUUGGAACCUAAUGCCAGCUUUGCUCAGAUGUCGCAGAAGCUGAUUGUUUCGCCCAUUGUAAAGACCUUGGUCUUCAGCAAAGUUCCAGAGAAGGUGAGGGAUUGGAUUGAUAGAAUCACACGGGACUGGAAUUUCAAGAGAAUAAUUCCUGCUCACUUUGCCGGUCCAAUCAACGCUAAUCGGUCUACCUUCUUGGCUGCAUUCGCAUUUCUGGAUGAUCUCUUGGGUGAGCGUUAUGUCACUCGACCAACGGUCUCUCUUCUUUUUGCAUCACUCAUGGGGAAGGCUGCCAGUUAUUUCCCUCCAGAUGACAUGAAGACUUUAUCAUCCCUUGAUCAAUUUCUAGUCUCAGUGGGAGCUGUGAAGAAAACUGUUUCAGGCCGAAAAAGAUGACACAAACAUGGGUUACAAAGUUACUUGUCGAUACUUCUUCACCUAUCAAAAUCAGUAAGUCAUAAUCAUAUAAUCUCAGUGUAUACUUUUAGGCUACAAAUGGUGCUCGCUAACUUACCAACCUUAUCUUCCUCACUUGGAAAAAUGUAUUUGAUUUUGUAGAAAGUUAUGGUUGUAAUAGAAAGAAAUAUUGAUAAGAUUUUGCUUGGGAAUAAAUAUUCUUCUGUGUA